GGGGACUCCAGUCUACGAGAAUCUGCUUCUUGAAUGUUCAGUUACGCGCGAGGUGUGUCCUGUGUGUCCAUAUGAAACUCACCACUGCGACCAUCAGGUGCAUUAAGAACGGGACCGGUAGAAACGCGCUUCCAGUAUACUUAGAGGCAACGCAAUGAAGGGAUACAGCAGCACGAGCAGCUGUAGGGAAAAUUACGCUUACUGAUCUGUCUCUUUGAAAGAGAAGACUAAGAAAAAAGGCGAGGGACAGAAGAACUUGGACUGCGGGAGAGAAUAACAUCGCAUGGGGCCAUGAGCGGUGCAGACCCCGCAGCGAACAAACUGUUGAGUUUCAACCAACGCUCAGCGUCAGAGGAUCUUGGGUGCCGGAGAGGAGAGUUCAGCCGGAAACACUAUGGAUCAGUUGAACUGCUCAUCUCCAGUGAUGCAGACGGGGCCAUACAGAGAGCUGGGCGAUUCAGAGUGGAGAACGGUUCAAUAGAUGAGGCCUCUGACUACAUGCCUGGAACAUGGAGGCGAACUGACGUCCAUUUGGAGAACCCAGAGUAUCACACCAGAUGGUACUUCAAGUACUUCCUGGGAAAAGUUCAUCAAAACUACGUGGGGACAGAUGCAGAGAAGAAUCCCUUCUUCCUGUCUGUGGUUCUGUCAGACCAGAACAACCAGAGGGUCCCACAGUAUCGAGCCAUCCUGUGGCGCAAGAUGGGUACUCUAAAAAUCAGCCUUCCAUACAGUCCAACAAAAACACUAUCAGUCAAAUCUAUAUUAAGUGCCAUGAACGUGGAUCGUUUUGAAAAGGGCCCAAGGGAAAUCCUUAACCCAGAGAUUCAGAAGGACUUACUGGUGCUGGAGGAACAAGAGGGCAGUGUAAACUUUAAAUUUGGUGUUCUUUAUGCCAAAGAUGGACAAUUGACAGAUGAUGAAAUGUUCAGCAAUGAAUCAGGAAGUGAGAAUUUUAAUAUAUUUCUGAAUCUCCUUGGUGACACGAUCUGUCUGCAGGGCUGGGCAGGGUAUCGAGGAGGACUGGACACUAAGAACGACACUACAGGAAUAAAUUCUAUCUACACAGUCUAUCAGGGUCAUGAGCUCAUGUUCCAUGUUUCCACCAUGUUACCUUAUUCUAAAGAGAACAAGCAACAGGUAGAGAGGAAGAGACAUAUUGGGAACGACAUUGUGACCAUUGUGUUUCAGGAGGGAGAUGACGCCUCUCCGUCCUUCAAACCCUCUAUGAUUCGCUCCCAUUUCACACAUAUUUUUGCCUUAGUUCGAUAUAAUAGCCAGAAUGAUAGUUACAGGUUGAAGAUUUUCUCAGAGGAGAGCGUGCCGCUGUUUGGCCCACCGCUCCCUUCCCCUCCAGUGUUCACAGACCACCAGGAGUUCAGGGACUUUUUACUAGUUAAAUUAAUAAAUGGAGAAAAAGCCACUCUCGAGACCCCCACUUUUGCUCAGAAACGUCAGCGCACACUGGACAUGCUGAUCAGAUCCUUGUACCAGGAUCUCAUGCCUGACAUGCCCAAGGUUCCCUUCUCUCCGCAGAACAUGCUGAACCGACGCUCAUUCAGCGACGUACUGCCAGAGUCACCCAAAUCCGCCCGUAAAAAAGAAGAGGCACGCCAGGCUGAGUUUGUUCGAGUGGGACAGGCCUUGAAGCUGAAAACUAUAGUUCGAGGGGAUGCACCCACCAGUUUAGUCACUACUGGUCUUUGCAGGAAAGAGCCAUGGGAGUCACAGUCAUUCUGCAGUAGCUUCCCGUAUGAUAUAGUCUGUGGAGAUUCGUGGGGACAGUCAUUACUGGUCGCCACAGAUUCAGCAGGGGUCAUGCUGCUGGAGGCCUCAGAUCCACUGUUCUCCAAUGCAGAUUCACCAACCCUGCCUCCGGUGCAGGUAUUUGACAAAACCUUGACUGUCAAACAAAUGCACGUGCUUGAACCUCAGGACCUCCUCAUUGCAAGAGCAGAUAAGGGGAAAGAUGCUCGACUGUAUGUUUACAGACUGAGCUCUCUCAAACGCGGGAUAGAGGAGCGGCAGCUUGUCCGCACCAAGUGUGACAGUCGAGAGAACAAGCUUGAGAAAACCAAAGGCUGCCAUCUCUACUCCAUAAACACGCAUCAUGGGGUGGAGCUCAGAAUCGUUGCGGCGAUAAGAAACAAGCUCCUCCUGAUCACCAGGAAACAGUCACGCCUCGAUUGCCUUGGCUCUAUCGCUACAGUCACAGGGACUACUGACUCACCUGUGGAAGAGUUCCAGUACAUACGGGAGAUCUGCUUAUGUGACUCGCCGGUGGUCAUGGCCCUGGUUGAUGGCCCAACAGGAGAGAAUGAUCACAUGAUCUGUGUGGCCUACAGACAUCAGUUUGACUUGAUCAAUGAGAGUACAGGAGACGCUUACAGACUACACCAUGUAGACUCCAACCGGGUGAACUUUGUUGCUGCCAUAGAUGUGUAUGAAGAUGGAGAGGCUGGACUUCUUCUUUGCUAUAACAAUAUCUGCGUCUAUAAGAAGGUGUGUCCGUUUAACGGAGCAACACCCAUGAUUCAGCCCAAUACUUCAGACUUCCAUUUCAGCUGGAACCAAAUGCCAAACGCUAUUGUGUGUGCGUUCCCGUAUAUCCUUGCAUUCACUACUGACUCCAUAGAGAUUCGACUAGUCGUUAAUGGCAACCUAGUAUAUACAGCUGUCGUUCCAGAAUUGCAACUGACUGCGUCCAGAUCUGAUAUCUAUUUCAUCUCGUCAGCACCUAUAAACUCUGCCUCCAACUGUAGCUCCAGAGACACUAGUUCCCAGAGUUCCCCUCAGACUCCAACUGGCUACGAGAUGCCUGUCUUCCCUUCGCCGCUUGGAGAUGAUUGUAUUCGGAUCCCCUACGGCACCAAGCUAUCCCUCUACAUGUCUAAAGACUCUGAAGGUGAAGCUCCCUCAAAACACAUCUAUAAGAUCCCAUUGAGCAACCUAGUUGGCCGGAGCAUAGAGAGGCCCCUCAAGUCUCCGUUGGUCAAUAAAGUGCUCACGGCACCUGCCUCCAGUGUGAUCGGCCCCACUCCCAUGAUCGCAAGCACAACCUCCCUCUCGCUGUCUCGCAUGGAGAUCAAAGAGAUCGCCAGCCGGACACGGAAAGAACUGCUGGGUUUGACUGAGGAACCCAGCAGUAAGGCUGAUGGUAACUCAGUGAAACAGAGAAAAAUUAGCAAGAAAACCAAGGAGGAAGAACAGAGAACAGCAGAGAUAAGCACCACUGAGCAAGUGGGAAUGGAGUCUGUAGAUGCAGAAACUGAUGUCCAUCGGCUUUGCUCAUCUGGCUCUGAGGUGGAGCCACAAGAUGAUAGCCCUCCCACGGCCAGCCCUUUUACCUUCUCCACAUCUUUUGAGGAGGAUAUUCUGGACCUUAAGUGAUGACAAUCACAGUCUGUGGAUCAAAGUGCACCUCUCACCUUACACAUCCUACUACCUUUUACUUUAUAUCAUUCUUAUUUGCCAUGUUACGUUGCAUUUUGUGUUUUCCUCAG